UAACUAUAACAACGAAGAUGCCUUACUUGCCGCUUCUGGGUGUGCUGCUCCUUGCAGCAAUUUCUCAGUCUGCUCCAAACUCUCGUAUUUUCGGAGGUCAAAAUACCAGCAUCCAGAGAUAUCCAUCUUUGGUACAAAUUGAAUAUUACGACCCUACCUCUGGAAUUUGGAAUCAGCAAUGCAUGGGCAAUAUCUUAAGUACUAACUGGGUACUUACAGCUGCCCAGUGUUUCAACAGACAAGAUAGAGUGGAGUACAUGCGUAUACGAGCAGGUUCCAAUUACCAUGGAACCGCGGCACCCGCGGACGCCGAUAUUGCCGUCAUCAAACUGCUCAAUCCCCUGGUGUUCUCGCCGUCCAUCCAAAAGGCAAAUAUUGCCAGCCGGCGCAUUGUUGUGCCAGACAAUUAUCCCGUUGUACACGCUGGAUGGGGUACCAACUCCACUGCCGGGCCGUCAUCAUACAUUCUUCAAAAUGUAACCGUCUACACGGUAAGCAGACGGGAGUGUGCUCGGCGCUAUGCACACAUUAAACCAAUAUCGAUCACCAGGAACAUGAUCUGUGCUGGCGUCCUCGACGUGGGUGGUCGUGACGUUUGCAAUUGGAACACUGGCGGCCCGAUGUACAUUGGUGACAUAAUAGUUGGCAUCGUGUCCUUUGGAAAUAACUGUAAUGAUUCUUAUUAUCCUCGUAUCAGCACUUCUGUCCCGGCUUACUCUGAUUGGAUCGUCGCGAAUGCUCGAUAAUUACAUCCAGAUGUUUGAGGAA